AUGGCGGACCUCAGCCCAGAGGCUGGAUCAUCGCGCGACAAAGCUAGCCGCAGCUCCUCUUCAAGGUAUGCCAGCAGAAGCGAACGAGAAUCACGCGACAGACCCCGCGACCAUCGUUCCCACUCACGCCGCGAGCAUCGCGACAAGGACAGCCGAUCCAGUCGUCACCGAGACCACGAAAGGCCUCGUUCAAGAUCGCCUCACCGUCACCGCAGAUCUCGCGACGCUGAAGCCUCAUUCUCCUCUCGCUCAAGAAGAUCACGCGACGACUCUCACCGUUCCAGCCGCAGAGACGACCCACACCGCUCGGACCGACAUUCGCAACCUUCCUCCCGCCGAUCCAAAGAUCAUGCCGAGUCCUCUUCGCACCGUAGGCGCUCUCCGUCCGAAUCUCGCUCGCAUUCGCGCUCGCGCUCGCCACCUCGUCGCUCCGAACCGCUCGAUUCAGCGCGCAGCGCGACUUCGCCCUCUGCGCAACCCAUGGAGCCCGAGAUCGAGGAGGAGGUGGAUGACGAUGCGCCCAACUUUGCGCCUUCCGGUCUGCUUGCUGCCGAAUCCAACAUGCUCAACGGCGUGGCGCUCAAGUACCACGAGCCGCCCGAGGCUCGCAAGCCAAAGACGCGCUGGCGUCUCUACUGCUUCAAGGAUGGCAAGGAACAGCAGCUCCUCCAUCUGGGCUCCCAGUCCGCCUAUCUGCUCGGCCGCGACCGCAACGUGGUCGACAUCCCGAUCGACCACGAGUCGUGCUCCAAACAGCACGCCGUCGUUCAGUUCCGUCAGAUCAUCACCACCAACGAGUUUGGAGACAAGAAGAAGCGCAUCCAUCCAUUCCUCAUCGACCUCGAAUCCAGCAAUGGCUCGUAUGUCAACGAUACCGAGAUCCCCACCUCGCGCUACUACCAACUUCGCACCGGCGACACCCUCACCUUUGGCGCCAGCACCAGGGAGUACGUCCUCCUCGACGAGUCCGCCACCUGA